AUGGAAUCGAGUACAACCCAGGAAUUCGAUUAUUUGUUCAAAUUAUUGAUGAUUGGCGACUCCGGAGUUGGCAAGAGUAGUCUCCUCCUCUGUUUCACCUCCGAUUCUUUCGAAGAUCUUUCUCCUACAAUUGGUGUUGAUUUUAAGGUCAAAUAUGUUAAUAUUGAUGAUAAAAAGUUGAAGCUUGCUAUCUGGGAUACAGCUGGUCAAGAGAGAUUCAGAACACUAACAAGUUCUUACUACCGAGGUGCACAAGGGAUCAUUAUGGCUUACGAUGUUACUCGACGAGAUACUUUUACAAAUCUCUCCGAAAUCUGGGCUAAGGAAAUAGACCUUUAUUCAACAAAUCAGGACUGCAUCAAGAUGCUUGUUGGAAACAAAGUGGAUAAGGAGAGUGAUAGAGUUGUGACAAAGAAAGAGGGAGUAGACUUUGCAAGAGAAUAUGGUUGCCUAUUUAUUGAAUGCAGUGCGAAAACUCGAGUUAACGUACAACAGUGCUUUGAAGAGCUUGUUUUGAAGAUUUUAGACACACCUAGCCUCAUAGCCGAGGGUUCCAAAGGGGUCAAAAAGAACAUUUUUAAGGACAAAGAUCUCCAGUCAAAUGGAGCCACAAGUGGUUGUUGCUAA